UUAGUUUCAACGAGGGUAUUUUAUCACGGAAGGGAGGUACUAAAAAGAUCUAAUUUUUGAUCGAGAGAGAGAGAGAGACUAACAAAAGGGCACUCAAAAUCGAAGCGAGCGGACGGUGAAGAUUGGGAAUAUAUAGUGUUGGGGGAAGGGUGGGGGUGGGAAGGUUGGCCGACGACGACGACGACUGAUCCACUCGGCUCCGUUUGCGCUCGCUAUCGCGAUGGUGUCUCUCUCGACGUGGGUUCGCUACGCCGCCACCAAGUUCGAGUACUCUGUCGUCCUCGGUUGGAAGAAGUAUAAUGUAGGUCAAAUCAAUGGAGGACAGUUAAGUGAUGCUAUUUGGAAAAAUUUUUUCCAAGGCAAGCUGACCUUCUUGCAUUGGACUAAAGGUGAACAAAUGGCACCUACUGUAGCUGGAGAUGGAGGAACUCUUCUUGUCAGAAAGCUGCCUUUUCCAGCUCCAACGCAAGUCUUUGUGGGAGACGUUGUCUUGUUAAAAGAUCCUGAGAAACCCAGUGAUUAUCUAGUUAGACGAUUGGCUGCUAUAGAAGGUUAUGAGAUGGUAUCCACUGAUGAGAAAGAUACGCCAUUUAUUUUAGAGAAGGAUCAGUGUUGGGUGCUGUCAGACAAUGAAUCUUUAAAGCCAAAGCAGGAAGCCAGGGACAGCCGUUUGUUUGGUCCUGUUCCCAUGACUGACAUUGUUGGUAGAGUAGUCUAUGCCUUGCGGUCAGCUGUGGAUCAUGGUCCUGUACUGAACAGUCGUCUGGCAAUGAAUCAAGAUUCAUCAGUGUUGGCAGUGGAGUUGGAUAUCGAUGAGAUGGCAAAGGGUGCAAAAAUGUAAGACAUGUUCUAGGAUUGAUGUAAUCUAUAACCUUCCAAAUGGCUCCUCUUAUCAGGGUGCUGCUGAUUCUUGGAAAGAACACCACUGAAACUCCAAUGUUUUGCUGGGUAAGAGGAGGAUUUGUCUGCAGUUUUCUUCUGUUGGCUAAAGUCCAUGCGGGCUGCUAAAUAUUAACUUUGAAUCCACAUCAGAAAUCUGGUAGACAGCAGUAUAAUUUCGUCCUGCGAGCUUUUGAGUAUAAAGUUGACAGACCUGGUACAAUUUUGAAAGUAGAUAAGUUCUGUUUUGCUGUGUAUUUGAUGAGUUCAUCGGACUAAUGCAUGUAUAUGAUUUAAAUGCAUAUGCAUGGAAUAAUUUCCGCAACAAUUUUACAGAUAUAUUAUAUUCCGAGUAACAAUUAGUCCAGAUUUAUCAUGAAUCGAAAUCUCAACAUUUUUUU